UUGGGGAAUAUGUGUGUUCGCUACUUGCAGGCUUUCGCUUGCGCUAUGGUGGUGUGCGUCUCUGCACGUCCCGACAUUGGGCUCAAGCUCAGGGAGGGAUCUCCGACUGGAAGUUACUUACCCGGAGUUCAGCAGAACUACGCAUCUCCCGUUGGUUAUUCGGGAUCGAGCAACUAUGGCAGUUAUCAAGGAGUAGGAGGACCUCAAGGAUACGGAGGACAAGUCUCCUACAACACCUACGGAGGCGGCGCUGCUCCACAAUACAGCGGAUACAACGUUCAACAGAACUUUGCCGGAAUCCCACAGGCCGUCCAACACCACAGGUCCUUCUUCUUCGAUGCCCCAGAGGAUUUGGGUGAAACUCACGUCCGCGUCCACGUUCAACCGUCCGCCGCCGACGGAGACAAGACCAUCUACAUCAGGGCUCCAGCUUACAACUCAAAGGUCGUCCCACACUUUAACAUCGGUCAACAGCAAGCUGCCGGCAAGACCAAGGUCUACGUUUUGGUAAAGAAACCAGAAGAGCAACAAGACAUCGUCGUCCCAGCUGCCGCCGCGGCCCCAGCUGCCAAACCAGAAGUCGUCUUCGUCAAGUACAGCAACCAGAAGGAGGCCGAGCAGAAGAUCCAGGACAUCCAAGAAGGUGCUUCCGGCGGAGACAGCGCCAAGACCGUCUUCAACCACCGCGAGUUGGUCAGCUCCAUCAAGGACCAGCCAGCUCACCACGACAUCUCUUACAACGGCGCCGGAAUCGGAGGUGGAUUCAUCGGAGGCUCUGGAAUCGGCGGUGGAAUCGUCGGUGGCUCCAGCGGCGUCCACACCGUCGGCUCUGUCGGCCCAAGCACCUCCGCCGUCGUCUCAGGAGGUGAGACCCACUACGGUCCAGCUGGCGAAAGUGGUCCAUACUAG